AGAUGCUUAAAACAGAAAGACGAGGAGGGACUAUCUGGAGAUUAGUUGGAAUCAGUACAAUAUCUACAAUAAUUUAACGAUUAUAAAUCAGCGGCAUGGUGGUUGACAGAUGUAGGGCAGCCAUAAUUAAAAAAGAAAAGAAUGAGAGAUGGAAAGGAGAAAUGAUUAUAUAGUUUGUUACGAAAGAUAGAGCAAAUGAAACAUUAAAGAAAAUAGUAAAUGAUGAGUAAGAUAAACCAAUAGGGGACUUAUAGAAAGUUAUUAUUAUUAUUUCAAUUUAACACAUAAAUCAUUAAUAAUCAUUCCAAGAAGGUAUCUAUUUUAUCAUUUGCCUCUUUACUUAGUAUUUAGGUUUUUAAUAUUUUGAAAAUGGUUUAAAAGUUCAGAAUAACAGAAGCUAGAAUGUUAGUUUAUAAUAUGGAUAUGAUAACAUUAAUGUACCUUACACUUUCUAUUAUAAAAUUUUAAAUAAUACAUUGAAAUUUUAAGGUGCUAAAGAAGGAAUUUAUUGA